AUGGCGGGGAAGCGCCCGGGCGGCUUUCCGCUGCUGAUCCGCGGUGACUGGGGUCCUGCCGGCCCACCGGCCGCCCUGAAGAAGAAGCUGCUCUGCUACUUCCAGAGCAAGAAGCGCUCGGGCGGCGGCGAGUGUGAGCUGUGGGCUGCCACCGGUACCGGGCACCUCCACGUCUUUUUCGCCCGCUCCGACGUGAAGCAGCGAGUUCUUGAGAGAUCAUGUCAUAAGCUGUGUUUGGGAGAAAAAGGAGAAUUGAAGUUGAUAGUCACAGAUCCUGAAACAGCAGUAGCUGCUGAAGAGGAGAAGGCGUUAGAUGAAAAAUUAGCUCCCACUAAGCAGUGA